GCUAUUCAGACGUGCGCUACCUCGUGGACAGCGUUGUGCUUUUGAGACUGCUCCGAGUUUUCAGCCUCGAGAGUUACUACUACGCGCUUCACACUUUGCAGUGCGUGCUCUGGCUGAACAAGUGGCCCCUGGCGAGAGCGGGCGGGGCGUUAGUCUCUGUUUGGUUUGUGCACGCCACACUGCUGUACAUUUGCGAGAAUCCGCGGGCUCUUGGUGGUGCAAUUCCUCCUGUAGGCCCUGACGAUGCUGGGGAAGGUGGCCAUGAAAAGGGCGAAGGCGAAGGUGAGGAUGACGAUGGACUGACGAUGGUUCAGCGCUACAGGAGCGUACUUUCUGCACUCCAGUACAGCAUCGUGCAUCUUUUCGGUGACUUCCCGGAGACGGAUUACACAACAGAGGCCAAGAUGGUCCACUUUGCUGGCAUCAUGGGUGGGAUUGCCAUUAUCUCUACAUUCUGCGGCGUCUUCAGUGCUGGCUUUGUUGACUACCUAGAGACCUCGCGACAUCAAGAGGUUAGCCAGAUGUCCUCGGACUUCCUUUCUGCCACCGUAAAGAUGAAGAUCGGCUUGAAGAAGGCCAUCGAGAACAGGCGAGCAAGGAUCAACUCGGGACAGUCUUCUUUCGUUGCGCAGGAAGAUUGUGGAAAGUUGGGAAUUCAUGAUGGACAUUCUCAGAACAGGCAGUCAAGUAUUGUCGAACGCCCACAGGAGUUGCUGGUCAAUAUGGGAGCCUGGAUCCAGCUUGUUUUCAACUUCGUGCUGGUGGUGAGCUUGAUCAACACCAUGUUUUCUUCAAUCCCUCAAGAUAACACUCCGGCUGCUGCUACUGCAUGCCUCAUCGUGGAGGGCAUUUGCACUCUCGUCUUCGUAGCUGAUUACGCAGCACAGCUGAGCAUGGUGGGCAAUGGUUGGUGCUUCUCCCAGCCGAAAGCUCGGAUGACAAAGUCUUGCCAGGCAGCGGCACUAGGCCCCAAUCCCAACCCCCGAGAGUUGAGAGAGCUGGAUAGAGCGCUGCCGCAGUACAUGGUGGAUUACUGCAACGGGGAUGCAAGGAAGGCCAUGAACAAGUGGGUGGAGACACUGAAGUGGCGGUGCGAGAUCGAUGACGAGGGCAUCUUUGCCCAACCGAGUCCAGAUUUCUUUACGAUACAACGUCACUAUCCAACUUUCCUUCAUCUCCCCGACAAGGCUGGACGGAUGACAUAUUGGGUAAAAGUUGGUGAUCUGAACCCACCUGGACUGGAUAAGGAUGGCAUGACAGUUGAGCGCAUUCGGGAUGACUACUUGUGGCAGACGCUGUUUACCUGGGAUGUUUGGCUAAAGCGUGAUGACAAGCAAUACCUUACAAUUGUCUUGGACAUGGAAGGAUUUGCCCUCUCCAAAAUCACCCCCAAGAUGAUGAGGGUCUUUGCUGCGUCUUACGGCGCUGUACAGGCGCACAUGCCCGACCGUGAGCGACUGGUGAUUGUCGUGAAUGCACCAGAGUGGUGGCGGACGGUUUGGGCUGUUUUCAAACCUUUCCUGCCGGAGAGGCAGCAGGAACGGCUCAGGGUCAGUGUAGGGCAAGAGGAGUCCAUAAACUUGCUCCGGGAGCUGAUCCCCCCCAAGAACUUGCCCAAGUCUUAUGGAGGAUCCGGUAUUGAGCUCGGCAAAUCUCCGGCAAACGUGCUCCGGCAGAAGUACGCAGCCGAGGGCACUGGCAGGUGA